AUGCCCCCCAAAAGCUCCCAGAUUGAAGAAAUCAUUGACGACGCCCCGGGGUCGCCCACAGCCACACCUCCGGCGGUCGAAAGCACGCGGGAAAGCCGCCCGCCCGCAGGAUGGGACACCCACCGGUACGCCCCAGGACCCAAUGACCCCAAACUGCCGCCGCAAUUAUCCGAGUACUCGACGGCGACGACCGACGAGUUUCUCAAGAACAUGAACAAGGUGCCGUUUUUCAUGCGGGAGCUCGACGAGAGCGGCGAGGACGGCGGAGCCAACGACCACCUGGAGGCUCUCAAGGCUCUGGCGUACGAAGGCGAGCCCGACGAGGUGGCCACCAACUUCAAGAACCAGGGCAACGAAGCGUACAAGGAGAAGCGGUACGGCGACGCGCUGCAGUUCUACGACAAGGCGCUGGAGGUCAAGUGUGGAGUGGUGGCCAUUGACACCGCCUGCUACAUCAACAAGGCGGCGUGCAAUCUGGAGCUCCGCAACUACCGACGAUGCAUCAACGACUGCAAGGCGGCGCUGAUUCUGGAUCCCAAGAACCAGAAGGCCAUUUUCCGGUCGUGCACGGCAUUUUUGGCGGUCGGGCGGGCCCAGGAAGCCCUCGAGCUGUGCGACUACGCAAAGUCUUGCGAGGUGUUCAAUGAUGCCAUGAAAAACAUUGAAACUGCCGCCAAAAAGAAGCUGGCCGACAACAUUGCUCGGGAAAAGCGAGAGCUCGCACGAAAGGAGAUUGCCGAGGCUACAGAGAAGAAUCUGGAGCUCGCCAUCAAGGUGCGAAAGAUCCUGCAAAUCACCACCAAGGCGCCUCCUGCUCUGCCUGACGGCGUUUCCAUCCAUCUCGAGGACCCUCUGGACCCCACCUCCACUCUUCUUGUGCCUGUGUUGCUGCUGUAUCCCUGUGAUCUUCAGUCAGACUUUCUGGCCGAGGUCGAUAUCGGCUCCACUCCGGGCCAGGCGCUCAACACCGUGUUUGAGCAUCCGCCCAUGUGGUUCUCCGGCGACCACGUGGCCCAGUACGACGUCAAGAACCUCGAGGUGUUUGUGCAGACUGAGUCUGGAGGUCUGGUCAAGAUUGGAAAGAAGGUGUCGUUUGAGAGCGUGCUGUCUGCGCCCAAGCCAAAGGUGCCGCUCAUUGACAAUGUCAUCACUCUGCAUUGCGUGCCUAAGGAGAAGCGGGAGCAGUGGCUGAAGACGUGGAGCAAGGACAAGGCUCAGAAGGAGAUGAUUUAG